AUGGAGUCCUACCGCGACAAGGACCUCGGGGUCGACGUCUCGGAUCUGCACAUCGAGCUGCGGACCGACGCCGACGCCCGGACGCUGACGAUCGCCGACAACGGCGUCGGGAUGAGCCGCGACGAGGUCGUCGAGCUGAUCGGCACCAUCGCGAAGUCGGGCACCGCCGAGACCCUGGCCCGGCUGCGCGAGGCGCAGGCGUCCGGAGGUGAGCGCUCCGAGGAGGCCACCGCCGAGCUCAUCGGCCAGUUCGGGGUCGGCUUCUACUCGAGCUUCAUGGUCGCCGACACGGUGACGAUGCUGACCCGGCGUGCCGGCACCGAGGGCGGCGUGCGCUGGGAGUCGUCGGGCGAGGGCACCUACACCAUCUCCGAGGUGCCCGACGCCCCGCAGGGCACGACGAUCCAGCUGGCGCUCAAGGCCGAGGACGCCGACGACGCGAUGCACGACUACGCCGACCCGGCUGUCGUCACGCGCAUCGUCAAGCGCUACUCCGACUUCAUCACGUGGCCGAUCCGGCUGAACCCGACCGACGCCGUCGCCGGCGAGGCGGGCGAGGACGGUGAGGAGGGCACCGAGGGCACCGAGGCCACCGGCCAGCAGCCGAUCAACUCGCGGCAGGCGCUGUGGGCGCGGCCCCAGAGCGAGGUCACCGCCGAGGAGUACGCCGAGUUCUACCGCCACGUCUCCCACGACUGGCAGGAACCGCUCGAGACGAUGCGUCUGUCGGGUGAGGGGACCUUCGAGUACCAGGGUCUGCUCUUCCUGCCCGCGCACGCCCCGAUGGACCUGUUCAUGCGCGAGGCGAAGCGCGGCGUGCAGCUCUACGUCAAGCGCGUGUUCGUCAUGGAGGAGUGCGAGUCGCUCGUCCCCGAGUACCUGCGCUUCGUCAAGGGCGUCGUCGACGCCCAGGACCUCUCGCUCAACGUCUCCCGCGAGCUCCUCCAGCAGGACCGCCAGAUCCAGCUGAUCCGCAAGCGCCUG